AUGGAUUAUCCCAUCGAUUCUGUUGUCAAUGGACUCUUCCAGGAAUCUUCUUCUGAAUCCACUUGUGACAGAAUCUCGGAACUCAUUCAAUUCUUUAUGGAAACUGAUCGAUUCUUUGAUUCUCGCAACGGAUUCGAUGAAUCCGUCCAACAACUUCUGGAGAAAGAGAAGAUGAAUUACGAGAGAGUCGUCGAUUUGAUUCACUCGAAUACUCAUAUGAAAACGAAGGAGAAGUUGAUUCUGACGAUUUUGGGAAGGAUAAUCGAAUCGCGAAUGGAUUUUGGAGAUUCUCUUCGAGAACUUUUGAAACAGAUGAAAUUGAGAUGA